GGAGCUAUUCAAUCCGUUCAGGCACUAGAGCCUAGAAAGUUCCUCUUCGCCGAUGAUACACCGAAUUUGAUAUUGUUGCUUCUGCAUUUAAUUUCAAUCUAUCUUGCUGCUUUUCUCCGGCCUUCCAAUUUAGAACUUUAAUAUGGGUUUUAACUUAUAGCACGUUGUUUUAAUUUUCACCAGACAAUUGGGGAUGUGAAUUUGCAUUAAUGUGCUUUAUUAUGUAAAAUUUAGCUGUUUUUCUUCUUUGAAUCCGUGGUUCUCUCCCUAUCUGUCAUUUGUCUAGCAUGUAUGGGCGGGCCCUUUGCUCUUUUGGUGUUUAUAUUGAAAACCUUUGAGCUUUGGAUGCUUAUCAUUGAUUUCAAUUUCACUUUUUUCCUUAAAUCUGUCUUUGAAACCUAUAUUUCCUACUAUUUUAGAUUGUAAAGCAAUGGAGGUACGGAUUUUAAUUGCUUGAGCCUUUGUUCCUUCGCCUGAUGUUUGGGUUCUGAAAUGCUGCAAUAAGUACUUUUUGAUUCCAUUGUGCUGUCUGUUCUCGAUUAUGAAUAUGGAGCAUUUUGCUGUAGAGAAGUUGGGAAUGCAGUGCUCUUUCAAAUCUAGACUCCAAAUUUUGGUUAUGCUGCAGUUAUCAUGGCAUAAUGGAAGAGAUAGUUGUCUGAUCUGAAUCCACAUUGACCUGCGUUAAAGAUGGAAGGUAACCAAAAUACACCAAGUGUUAUUGCCAGGUUGAUGGGAAUUGAUGAGCUGCCGCCUCAGCAGCCCUCCAACAGACAACUGAAAGUGCUUUCUGAGGAUUAUCUCCGCAAAAGUGCUUCUAUAGGUAUGCUAGGGGAGAGUUCACUCCUUUCGAGCCGCUUAACUAGGAAAACUGCUGAGAAACAGUAUGCAGUUAAGCAUGUCUUUAGCAGUGAGAUCCCAGAAAAUGGCAAACGAAGUUCACAGUCAAUUCCUGGUUUAAAACCAAAUCAGGCUACAAUUCCUGGUUUACAUCUUCAGAGAUCUGACAUUUUUCAUCAGAAGGGUGACAUGGAAUCUGGGGAGUAUGUGGAGCUCUUACAAUAUAAAAGCAGGGUACUGAAUGCAAAAGUAACAGAAACUGAAAAGAUGACCACUGAGCCACCCACGUAUUGUUUUAUGGAUCCCUGGCAAGUUGAAAAUAAAUCUGCCAAAGAGAAAUGGAAAUAUAUGAGUGGCAGGCAGAGAUAUGCAUCAAGAUCAAGAAUCACAACCGAGGACUCCUCAGUUCAUGCACCUAAGGCUCUGGUGACUUCCUCCCAAGGUUCCUUUGGUUGGAAACAUGGAGAACAAGUUUCAUGCCCCUUUCAUAGUGGGUCAUUUUUUGCCAGCGAAGCAAAGAAGCAAAUUUUUGAACGAUGGAAGACAACUAGAAGCUUUCCAGAUAUUGAAGUGUCAGGCAGGAGAUGUAGUCUUGGUCAAAUGUUUGCUAUUCAGGACAAGGAAGCUAGGCCCACGAGCUUGUAUUCCAAACUUGAAGAGAACCGUUUCAGCAAUCCAUCUUGUCUUGAAAAAGAAAGCUCUGAGUUUGGUAUUUCUUUGGUUAGCACAAAGGUUGGUUCAACAAACAAGUAUAUCAGAAAUCUACGAAGGCCCAAACUUUUGAAGUAUUCUCCAUUUGCAAGUGAAUCCACUAGUUUUAAGACCAGGGUUGAAGCUUCCAAAAACAGCUGCUGUUCUGGGAAAAAAGAAACUGUAACUGAUAAACAUCAGAAGCUGAAUAGUGAAAAAUUCUAUGGAAAGGAUAGCGUAGAAUCAGGGGAUUCAACAGUUAUACGUGAGAAACAGCAUCAGUACCUCAGUGCAGAUUUGGAGUGUAGUCACAAUCCAGAUUAUGAGCUAUCAAAUUCCAAGAUUCUUUCUUCAGAUUCAGAUGAUAAUGUUUCUCUGGAAGUUAACCAGGGGGUUCAGGAUGACUUGGAGAAGGGCAUGCACAAGGAAGCAGAAGGUUAUAGCUGUUCUGACGUCUCAGACAAUUUGGCUCGGCAGAAAUCAUCUUGUGAUUCCCCUGGAGAAGAAUUUAUUCUCAGAUGUACAGCAAAAGAUUCAGAAUUCGCCAUAAACUUGAGGGAGAUCAACCAGCCUAGUCCAGAUUCUGUAUUGGAACCUCUUUUUAAGGAAGAGAAUCCUCCUGACUCUGAAAUCUUUAAAAGUUCGAUUUCUGAUCUCAGUGGUCUUGCACUAAAGCUACACCUUCUCAAUCCCAAAUCGGAAGAAACAAACUCCGAAGGAUCUGGAAUGGCAGUGUCAAGUGAUGAAGAUACUGAAAAAGAAUCCGUUGAUCUUUCCCGUGAUAACGGAAAGCUGUGGGGAAUGUCAAGACCUGAAGAAAGCAGGGACUUUUCGUACCUAGUUGAUGUCUUGGAUGAGGACAAUUUGUUUGGUAUGGAUCUGGCUAUAUGGCAUGGCAGAGAAUCUCCGGUGAGCCCCUCAGUUUUUGAGGCAUUGGAGAAGAAAUAUGGGAAGCAGACAUCAUGGGCGAAGUCAGAGAGGAGGCUUUUAUUUGACCUCAUAAACUCUCGGUUGAGGGAUAUUCUAGAUUCAUGCAUGGAUUUUUGCAUGUCAAGAAAGCCUCUACGAAGAAGGUUAAGCUCCAAUUUGAGCAGGGAUGAUAUAGAGGAAGACUUGUGGAUGUUACUCAGCCAGGAUAAGGAGGUCAGGAAGGACUUGGGUGAUAAAGUGCUUGGCGGUGAAAUGAAGUGGAUGGAGUUGGAAGGUGAUAUUAGUAUCAUUUGUAGAGAAAUAGUAGAAUACUUAAUCGAUGAGCUUGCAGCAGAGUUUUGUAGCAGUGAGAGUCCAUAGCUGAGGGUUUUUCUUUGUUUUUGUUUACUUAUUGCUGAUUCUUUGCUUUGAGUUUGGCAUUUGCUCUUAGAUGUGUCAUAUCUGCAAUUUUGGUAAAUGUUAAAUUUGAAGAGAAACUUGAAGGUAAGCCGAGGAAGGAAGCAGAAUGAAAGCUUCCAUACUCUAGCUUAAGUUUUAGAGUGUGUAGCGGGGAGUGAUAUUGUGAGAUUUGAAAGGAAAAUAUAUCCUUUUGUACAUUUGAAUUUAGGAUCUCUUUGUACAGUUGAACAAUGCAAUGAUUACUACAGGAAUGGAGGCUUGAAAGCAUUUUAAUGUCGAA